UGGCUGUGGUGGGCCGGGCUGUUAUGCAUGGGAAUUGGAGAAGCAGUGAAUUUUGCUGCAUAUGCCUUUGCCCCAGCAACAGUGGUAACACCGUUGGGCGCAUUAAGUGUUCUAGUUAGCGCGGUUUUGUCAUCCUCCUUUCUGAACGAACGACUGAACAUCCAUGGGAAGAUUGGCUGCAUCCUAAGUAUCCUGGGCUCUACAGUGAUGGUUAUCCAUGCUCCACAAGAAGAGGAAGUAUCCAGCUUGGAAUCAAUGGCAGAGAAGCUUAAAGAUCCAGGAUUCAUUGUCUUCGCUGUGUGUGUGCUGGUGAGCUCCAUUCUCCUCAUCUUCGUGGCUGGGCCUCGUUAUGGUAGGAGCAACGUCUUAGUAUAUGUUUUGGUCUGCUCUGCCAUUGGCUCUCUCUCUGUGUCCUGUGUCAAGGGCCUGGGCAUUGCACUCAAAGAACUGUUUGCUGGGAAGCCAGUGCUGAAAGAACCACUGAUAUGGGUGCUACCAGCUUGCCUGGGGGUCUGUGUCAGUGUCCAGAUCAAUUACCUGAACAAGGCUUUGGACAUCUUCAAUACAUCUGUGGUCACGCCAGUUUACUAUGUCCUGUUCACCACAGCUGUCAUGAUGUGUUCAGCCAUUCUUUUCAAGGAGUGGCAACACAUGGCCCUGGACAACAUAAUUGGCACAAUAAGUGGCUUCAUCACCAUAGUCUCUGGCAUUUUCCUUCUACAUGCCUUCAGAGACAUGCCCUUUACCCCAGACCUGCUGCCCCUCUUCCUAAGGCAAGGAGGGGCAGACCUGCGUACCUCAUCUUGGAGCGGGGCAGAAAGGCACCAGUCAUGUCUACAUCAGCCCCUUCUGGUCCCAGAGGACAUCCAUAAAGGUUCUCAAAGUGUAAAAGAGGAGGAGGAAGUAGGAAGUGUAUGAAUGCUUGGAAAACAACAAAACUUUAACAACCACUACUAGAUGCCUGAGAAGCCUUGAAUUGCUACUGGUAGUUUUUUAGUCCUGCUACUGAUCUCCACUUUGGUCUGAUGCAGCAAGCUCAAAUGAACAUCACCAGCUCCAACUGUUGCCGGGAGUAAACAAGCAUCAUGUUUAUCAGUGAACUGUGAUCUCCCACUGGUAAUGGACCUGAAUAUCAUGCCAGGAGACUUGACUAGCUUCCAGGUGCUCAGAACACCAGACCUGGGCAAAACACCUACCAAUGUGUUCUGGUUCCUUCUCAGUGUGUUCCUCUCUAUCAGAAUGUGCUGUGGUUGCUGCUCUACUAUUGAGGCAUAGGUCUAUGGAUGUAUGAAGCAACCUGGCGAUAAUUAUAACAACCCUUUUUGAAUGUAAAAACCAUUUUAGGUGGCCUUAAACAUUUUUUUUAUAUUGAAAGUCUAACUUUUGCAAAGUAUUCUGAAGUGCUGAUCCUUGCAGUGUUAUUGCUGCACCUAUAGCAACACAGGUGACUCAAGUGUUUUAACAUUGGAAGUAUUCAGUAUGUUUCAGAAGUUCAUUUGUACAGCCUUAAAGUGCCUUCUCUGCUCACUUUAAGAGGUUAUUUACUGAGUCAAAAUCAAGAGCAGGACUAGAUAAACUCUGCAGUGGUGCUAUCCUGGCUCUUUGAAUCUGGUUCCUUUGUGAAGUGUGACUCCUUUCUGGUAUGUUUCACUGGGAAGGGAAUAUGUCCAUUUACCAUAAUUGAUUAAAACAGAUUUGCUCCAUUGCCAGUGUGGCCUGCAACAUAUUCAUGCCAAUAGCCACUGAAAUGACACACAGUGGUAUGAAGAACAUGAAUUUUCUUUAUAUCGGUGCACCUCUACUGACUGGGGAUAGUGUGCCGUUAUUCUAAAAGGGUGUCUGGAUGUGUUCAAAAGUCAACUUGUAGAAUAUAACAGCUGUGUAGUAUCAAGUAGGGGAUUUCCUCUAAGAAAGAGAAGGUAGAUUUGUCUCCUACAUCCAUUGUCAUUAUACUACUACACUUGGGUCUCUCUUUAUGCAAAUUUGUUUUGUGUGAAUUUGCUUAUAUGUGAGACAUUAUUUACACCAGAAAUUCAUUGUAUGCAAGAAGAAAUUGCUUUGUGGGAAGCUGGCAGAGUUCCAGCCUGCAGGGGGCUGGGAGAAAGCAGAAGGAAGACAGUGAGAUGGGGGACCAUGUGCAUAUACAGCAAUGUAUGUGGCCCCAAGUAGCCUUGAGAGCAGCUCCAGCAGGUAAGUGGUAGGCAAGAGGGGGAUUGAGGCCCCUGUAGGGAGGGAGCUGGGCAUGGCUGGGCUGGGGCUGCUGCCGCCCAGCUGGGCAGUGCUUGGGGCCUGGGCCACACUGCAGCUGCAGGGCCCCAGCUCACAGCUUCUGUGUGGCCCUCCUGAUCCCAGCCACACCGGGUUGCACCUGGUGGGCUACAGAGCCCGGGGGAGGGAAGCAGGGUGGCAGGAAACCAUGCUGCUGCUUCCCUCCCCCGGACUUCUGCAGCCUGGUGGGUGACCCAGCUUGGUUGGGAUCAUUGGGGCCCUGUGGAGAAGCUGUGAGCUCUGCGUGCAAGAGGCACGUUGCCAGGGCAGUACAGGACAAGCAGCCGCAGGUGGGAAGAUCACAUGGCUUCUCUGCUCCCUGAUGCACUGGGUUGCAGGGGAAGGAAGCAGGAUGGCAGGGAACUUGGUACAUAUCCCUAUUAAUUACCUGUAAUAAUGGAUUUGCUUUAUGUAAGGGUUUUUUGGCAUGCAACCCUUGCAUGAAGAGAGACCUGAGUGCAAUUGUAAUUUUGGAAACCAGAGUGAGACUUAGGUAAGCUAAUAUAGUUAAAUAAGGACUUGGAAAAAAAUCAUCCAAGGUGGAAGACAUCAGUUGGUCACUAUCCUCUUUCAGACAAGUAGAGGAUAGUGUUACAGUUGUAAAUCCAUUUCUUCCCUCU